CCGUGCUCCGCCCCGCCGGAGCGCUAUGGAUCGCUACCGGUACUUCGUCUUCAACCAGCGCAACAUGGUGCUGCUGGGGCUGCUGCAGGUGGCCUUCAGCACGCUGUGCGUCGUCAGCGGGUUCGUCGACGGCCUGUUCGGGGGCGACUCGCCGCUGGGCAGAACCAGAGCGCCCGUAUGGGCUGGGAUGGUCAUGGGAGUCCCAGGCAUCCUGGCGUUGUUUUCCUCUCAGAGGAAGAACCCGGUCCUUGUGAAUGUGCUGGUAGCGGCAUCUAUGCUGUCUUGCGUGUCCAUCCUCAUUGUCAUAGUUUACAGCUCCCUAACGCUGUCCUACGGAGAAGAGGAGGAGCUAAGCUCUCACCCGGUACACGUUGUGCAUACAAAGCUUGUUCUGAAUAAAGUUGUCAAGGGUGCUAACAUCACAAUGUUAAUUGCAUCCGUCUGCAGCGCCGUCGUCGUGCUGGUCAUUGCCUACCUGGGGUGCCGAAGUCUUCCUCGCUGCUCGUGCUACGACAGCGUAACCGGGAUGGAAUGGUUGCAGCCUUGUGACGACCAGACUCAGGCCGUGGAAAUGGUUUGCGCUGUACAAAGUCCUGGGGAUGGAAUUCUUAACUUCCCGACUCGGUUUCCAGCGCAGGACUGUGACGCGGAGGAAGGUGCAUCCAAGCCUCCGCCGUACAUCAGAAUGGCUUGAAAAAGUGACGGACUGAUCUAAAGCUGCUAGUCGAGACGUACAGUGAGAUGGACGAAAGGAGUCCUCCCCAUUUGAAAACAUUAUGCGCUUUUCCUGGGCCUUUUAAAAAAAGCGCACGGAAGGAGAGAACCCUUUGAAGGCCUGACGGUCAGCAAAGAUCCCAGUGCAAACGGAGAGACCUGCAGAUAUUUGGGGACGUUCAGACUCCGUGUAGCUGAAAUAGCUCAUUGCCUCUGGGAAGCGUGAGCUUUUUUUUCCGGCUUUUGUACUUAAUUUGUGUCUUCCUCCACUAGAAAUCAUCGUGCAGUUUGUCUAGCAGCGCUAGCCGUACGCAUUCAAUUAUUAAACACAACUUAUUUUUAAAAGAAAUGGAUUGUGGUGUAUUCCCUCUUAUCUUCUCCCCCUGCUUCUUGAAUUGUAUGCCGCGAAGGAUCCACCUUGCUCAGCUGUUAGCUGAAUAUUUGCCCUCCGGCCGGGACGGGGCGGGUCACGUCAAGGACAGGAAGCCUUGCAGUGCCAGUCUGAUGCCUCCGUGGAAACAGAGCUCUGGGUGUGUUCCUGCCUGGGGACAAUUCAACUUAUUCGUGAAGGAUAACGCUAAGUUGAUAGGGGCUUAGUUACAGCAGCUCCUCAUACGGAGUAACUUACCUAGUUCGGCUUUGGAGACUGAAAGUUUUAAGCGUUCUGCUGAACUCUUUUACAGAUCUGGGCCUGAGUGCUACCUUGGAAGGAUCCAUGGCUUUCAGUCGACUUAUCCGAGGCGCACAGAUUCCCACCUGCACUGAAGGCUUCGCUUCCAGGUAGGCUGAGAAGCAUCUGUAGGUCCGCAGGCUUUGAGCGUGCAGCAGAUUGCCAAUCCCACAGCACGCGUUACCCAGCACCUCCGGCCAAGCGGGACCGGGCAGGUUCACCUCCCGGGCAAGCACGCUUUACUGGAAGGGUGAGUCAUGCCUGCAGUGUUGGCUCCAGGAAGGAGAAAGGUAGGAGAGAGGUGUCUUUCCCUUUCCCAACAGGUGAGGGAGUUAGAUUGUUCCCCACUUUGUUUUUCUAGAGACCGAAGCCUUCUUUCUAGUUCUAGGAAAAGGACCCAGACGCCUCGAU